AUGACUAAAUUGACAGAAUGGAUCAUUUUUGCUGGAGUAGCCCUUUCGCUCUGGAUUACCCCAUUAACAGAUAUCCUACCUCUUAAAGUAUCCUACAAAGCCAAGGAAGUAAUAUGGCCGGUAAUCACGGGAACAUUUUAUGAAAGAGUAUCGGGCUUUCAAGACCUUUGAAUUGUGGCAAACAGCGAACAUAUUUUACUCAUAUUUGCUUUUAUUUAUCCUUUGCAGAUGCCAAUUUAUGCUCUCAUUGUAUUUGGGGUGAGUUGAUAUGUUAUGCGUUUCUUAUCGAGUUUAUAUUUGUCCGUAGGUUAUGUUAGAAUUAUAUAUAUUUUUUCCUGUUACAGUUUUAUUGAUUUGAGUUCUUGUUUUUCCCUUCAGUGUUAUUCUUUGGCAACUAUUGGAUAUCGAGUAGCAACUUUCAAUGAUUGUGUAGAAGCCUCUGAAUCUUUAAAACAGGUAAGGAGCUCGAAUUGUACUAUUUUCCAAGUUUCUGCCCUAUUUGCAAGGUUCUGGUUUUGAAUUUUUACCAAGUUGCUUUUGUAACCAAGGAGACCUGUUCCUUCAAUAUUGUAUGGUGGGAAUGUGCAUUGUUGACCUUCUACAAAGUCGAUAUGGCUGGAUAUUCGCCAUUUAGACAUUAGAAGCUUUUUUUUUAACAAAGGAUAUAUCUUUAUAUGUUGGAGAAAAGGAUUUACUCCAAAAAUUUGCCAAAUGUAUUCUCGAGUUUGGUUGUGGAUUUUUUCUUACUGACUUCAAACUUGGUUACAAUCCCAUUGCUUUAACUUUUUACAGGAGAUAAAUGAUGCAAGACAGGACUUGUCAAAAAAAGGAUUCAAGUUUGACUGA